CCCGCUGAUGGGGAAGAGCAGAGCUUCAUACUCCAUCUCCCAUACCCCGCAUAUCAUAUCAUCAUAUCAUCAUCUCCCAUCGCAAUAUCCUUCGCGCCAUAAUUAACCCAUAAUCCACCCGAAUUCAAUUCCAUCUUCUGCGCCAAAAUGGUCGAACGUGGACACAAGCCUGAUGCGCUCGCCGUCGCCCACACCACCGAUAUCGGUCAUGCCUCGGGCGUCUCCAUUGAGAGCGACAGAGUUAAGCUUUCCCUGCCUUCGGGUGAAUCGGCUGAAAUCCUCCUGUACGGUGCCACCGUGAUCUCGUGGAAGGCCGGUGGUGAAGAGAAGCUCUUCUUGAGUGACAAGGCGAAGCUUGACGGAACCAAGGCUAUCCGUGGCGGAAUCCCAUUGGUUUUCCCCGUAUUUGGCAAAACGACCGAAGGCCCCACCGCGGCUCUCCCGCAGCACGGCUUCGCGCGGAUCUCCAAGUGGGAGCUCCUCGGCAAAACCUCCGAGUCCAACACCAGCGUGCAAGUGGACUUCGGCCUCGGGCCCGAGAACCUCACGGUCGACGCACGGAAGCAAUGGCCCUACGACUUCGGCCUGAUCUACUCGGUGGUCCUCGGCAAGACCUCGCUCGAAACGAAGAUGCUCGUGCGGAACGAGGGCGGCGAGUCCUUCGACUUCAACGUGUUGUUCCACACCUACCUGCGGGUUCCCGAUGUCACCACCGUCUCCGUGUCCGGCCUCAAGGGCGUUACCUACAAGGAUAAGGUCCUAAAGGGCGCUAUGGCAACCGAGGAGUCGGAGAGCGUGACCAUUGCGGCGGAGGUGGACAGGGCGUACGAGAAUGUCCCCGGAGCAGUCACCGUGAAUGCGGACGGAAAGACGUUGUUCAAGGUGGAGCGCACGAAUCUCGAGGAUGUCGUUGUGUGGAACCCCUGGGAGGGCGCGAGUGGAAUGGCGGACUUCGGGCCCGCGGACGGGUACAAGAACAUGCUUUGUGUCGAGGCCGGUGCAGUAGCAAAUUGGCAUACUCUCGAGACGCAGAACGUUUGGGAAUGUGGUGUCACAGUCCACAUCUGACUGCAGCAUCCCCAGACGGUUGGGAGCCAGGGAUUGGGUCAAGCGAGUGGGCAGCUCAAGUUGUGAUGUUUACGAAAUCUCAUGUUGAUCAAUUAUCGCAAGCGUUUCUAAAAAAGUGCCGACAAAACAACAUUGCUAUCACAAA